AUGGCUGCCUCGACCCCCUCAUUCCAGGUCAACGUUGGAAGCAUGGCAACAAAUGGUGAUUUCAGGCCCGCCCUGAUUGUGGUGGACAUGCAAGAAGACUUUUGCCCUCCGAAUGGGUCACUUGCUGUGCCAGAUGGCCGCAGCAUUGCCUCGGUGGUCAACGCUCUACUUGCAAAGCCAGGAUUUGUGACACGCAUUCUGACCAAGGAUUACCACCCAGAGGAUCAUAUCUCUUUUGCCAGUAAUCAUCCCGGUCCUGAUAAUCAACCCUUCUCUUCAUUCGUCAGAAUGAAAAACCCCGCCGUGGGGAAGGAAUCAGAAACAAAACCACAGCGACUCUGGCCAGUCCACUGUAUGGCUGGCACCCCCGGGGCAGAGAUCAUCCCAGAGAUCGAUACCUCUCACAUCCAUGUUGUAGUUCACAAAGGCAUGCGGUCUGAAGUCGAGAUGUACUCGGUCUUCGCAGAUGCUUUCGGGAAUUGUGAUAUUGGAACCAAUACAGAUUCGGUCAGUUUGGAUGUUGCUGCAGCUCUUCGGGCGCAAGGUGUUACCGAUGUCUUUGUUGUGGGUUUGGCUGGGGAUUAUUGCGUGAAGGCUACAGCUCUUGAUGCCAUUAAGACUGGGUUCAAGGCCUGGGUUGUUGAGGAAGGCACCAAGUGUGUUGCGCCUGCUGAUUGGGGCACUAUUAAGAAGGAACUUGGGACAGCUGGGGUGGCCAUGAUCUCUAUCGAUGACCCCAUCAUUCAACGGUUGGGAGGGAAGAGUUGA